CUCCGUUCGGGUUGGGAUUUUUUUAAACAGGACAAACCCUUACGAGCUGUUGUUUUUAAACUUCAGACCGAACAAACGGCUUCGGGGGGGGGGUCCCCUGAAAACGACCCCGCCCCUGUAAUUCGGUCAGAGGAGCCGUUUUUAACGUUUCUAGGGGGCGGGAAGAAGCCCCCUUCCCCCAGCUACCCCACGGUAAACCUGCCCCAGUGGGGGUCUGGCUUCCGGUUUUGGCUUCACAACAGUCAGAACCAAACCAUCCAGCCGAGACAGCGCAGCAGAAUUGGACAGAGCCAGAAAUAAACGGGGGCCCGCGUCCCCCCCCCUCUGUCCUACGCUCGUCACGGGUUGACUCCUUCCCAGAGUAGCUCUGCUGGGGGCUCAGUGCGUCUUGAAAGCAGGAGUUCCUGCUUCCCGGGUACUUUAGCCAUCCCCUCUGGGAGAGUGCUUUUUGGGGGUGCCUUUAGCGAACAGAGGGACUCCAUCCCAUAAUACCUAGGGAUGGCACAUGCUCGUAUCUCAGCCAAACUGCCCCCUGACAUUGACCCCACUAAAGCCCCCAUUGCUUUUGGGGAGAGGGCCCUACCUAAACUGAAUGAGGAGUUACAGUCCCCUGAGCUGCUGACCCGGCAGAGGGCAUUGAUGGCCCUAUGUGACCUGGUGCAUGACCCAGAGAAUGUCUACCAAGCAAUAAAACUAGGAUUCCUGGAUAACCUGAAAUAUUUGCUUCUAGACCAAGAUAGCACUGUUCGAGAAAAAACAACUGAAGUCCUUUAUAUAAUGGCUACUCAUAAUGUUGGCAGGGAUGGCUUUAUAGAAAAUGGAAUCAUUCCUGCCCUGUCCCAGCUCUUGAAUGAUCCAGUGGAUAUCUGUCGGAGAAACAUGCACCGGGCAUUUGAAAUAAUGGCAGAGUUACCGGCGGGUGCUGUUGGCAUAGUGGAAAGCAAUUUGAUUUCUUCACUUGUUCUUAAACUGAAAACUGAGCUGGAUGAAAUCCAAGAGUUGAUACUGGACACACUCUCUGGCUGCCUGUGUGUAGAGGCUUUUGAAGCUCUAGCAACAGGCGCUGUUCCCAUUCUGAAGGAAAAGCUCACUCAUCCAUCAGUGGCCAUCAGGAGCAAAGCUGCUCGUGCCCUUUUGGGAAUUAGUGUCCCUCUGGAAGGAAAAAAUAUUGUGUGGGAUGAAGCGGUUAUCCCAGUGCUGGUCAGCCUGUUGGAGGAUUCAGAUCCUGAGGUCCGAGCUAAUGCAGCAGGAGCACUGAUGUAUGCCACCAUUACGACUCAAGGGAAAUAUGCAGCCCUUAGUGCAGAUGCCAUUCCACCUUUACUGAAGCUGGUUGAUGAUGAAACCAGCAAAGUACGCUUGAAUGCUAUCAAAACCCUGACCAUGCUGUCUGAGGCACCUGAGGGUCGCAAGACACUACUGAACCAUGUGGACCUCUUUCAAGGGCAGCUGAAUGACUCCAGUGAGUCUGUAAGCAGAGCAGCAAAAAUUGCCAUCAAAGUCAUCGAGUGGAAACCUUAAACCCAGGGCAUCAUAAAGCAAUAAAAUAUCAGCAAAACCCCUGCAGAUUGUGUGACCCAGAGUUUUUCUUAAAUGUUCUGUAUUAAAUCCCUACCUGUUCUAGCAUAUGAAGAGUUUUACUUCACCUACAAGUGCUCCUCAGUAUUUCUGCAUGUAGAAAUCUAUAGGGAACAGUGUGGUCUUGGGGUUAGAAUAGGGCACAGGGAGUCCCUGAAAUAUUUACUUUAUUACUGCAGCAUGGCCAUUCUGUGCAACUAUCUUUUACCUGUGAUAAGUGAAGGUGCUAUAGCUGGGGGUUACAUUCCACCUUGUACCUUCUCUGUCUUCUACAAGGCACCAAAGUGAAUUGCAUGGAAUGUUGCCAUCCCUCAAAUUGGAAACAAGCAUUCUAGAAUUUGAAACCUUCUCAGGGGUUCAUUUUCCCCAGAGCUCAGUAGCAUUUUGUAAAGGAGACUAACCCCUCAUUCCCUCUCAUUGAGCUCCUUGGCAUAAGCCAAAGGGAAUCAACCUAUCUUGGAGCACCCUAACAUUCCCUGAAAGAUGUCACACCUUCAGAGCCCCCUAGCAUCUUCUGCAGGGACUGCCCAAUCCUGGAACUCUUUGACUGCUUAUGCUUCUCCAGGUGAUUUUUCUGUGACAUCUCUUGAGUGGAGACUACCAUCCACUAUGGCAAUAUGCAUCUUCUGAAGGCUCCAUGCAUUCCAUUAUCUCCAUGAUGUUCUUUUCUGAAGAGGGGAAGGAGGACAGGUUACAUAGAUACACCUAAUUGGACAUUAUUCAGCUGAUAAAGCCCAACUUUUCAGUACAAAAUUACAGAUGGUCCAGAAUAAACCCUCCAGAACCAAACUCACUUCACACUUUUGGAGGGAGGUGCACCACAAUCCAGAUCCAAUCCAAAUUUUGCAGCUAGCCCCAUCCUGUGCUUCGCAGUGGGCCAGAAGCACUUUCAAUACAGGGCACUCCCUGUUAGUACUCUUGGAACCACUGAGAGACCUAGAAAAGUUUUUGUGGUGAUUGCCGCAGAUAAGGGAGAUUGAGAUUUCCUUACCUGGACAACUGGCUGCUCACGGGUUGGUCCUACCAAAAGAUACAGGCAAUUACUACAGCCACACUUCAGUUCUUUCAUUCUGUAGGAUUUCAAGUCAAUUUAGACAAGUUCAUACUGACACCCUUGAAAACCAUACAGUUUGUUAGAGCAGACCUGAACUUUACUCAUGGCAAGGGCCUACUUACCUCUGGACUGAUUCCUACCCAUGAAGGAUGUCAUCAGCCAGCUUAAUUUCAGCCCUCCUCCUACAGCCUGAUCUGCUUGGUUCAUAGAAGGCAUACAUGAUGGCAUUCUCCUGUGUCACUCCUGCAUCUAUGAUGUCUUCAUAUCUGGUUAUGGACAAUCUAUGCCCCAAGAAGGAGCUCUCUAGACAAGAAGCUCUCUCUUCCUCAAGACAUACUGGCAUUGCUCACAUGGUGGGAAAAGAAAGAGACAGUAUGUGUGGGGGUCUCUUUUGUUCCCUACCACCUACAAAGACUUAUCACAAAUGCCUCCCUACUAGCUUGGGGGUAUCUCGAUGGCCAGACAGCCUGAGGUUCCUGGUCCCCACAGGAAUCCAGACAACAUAUCAACCUUAGGCUUUGAGCAGUUCUCAAAGCAUGCAAGACAUUCCUGCCCAUCUAUGCCCCAAAUUCUUCAUAGAAAUAUUGUUAUAUUGUGAUUAUAGCAUAUCUAAGAUGUAUUUUUUGCAAGGGGGGGUCUUGUGAGAUACCAUUGGAAAGGUUAUGAUUUACUGAAUAUGAUUAUCGUAUUUGUAUGCAUGUAUCAUUUUUGUAUCUAAAGUUAGGAAUAUUGACUAUACAUCUGUACUACAAAAGUGUGUGCACCUGGGGAACACCCACCAAACAGAAUGCAAUCAGUCUGGCUGAUUAGCUGGGGACCAGUCAAUGGACCAUUAGGAAGAACAACAGAUCUUUGAAGAUGCUAAUCUCUUACUUUCCUGGGAUGCUAUAAAUAGCCUUUGACUCAUGUGUGCUUUGACACUACAGGGUCAUGUGAUCAUGUCACCUGGUACUGGACUCCAUGAUAGAAUACCAAUAUUUUUCCACGGGGGGGAUGGACCACACUGUAAAAUCAAAGGAGUCCAGCCAUAUGUAAAACCUAUUUAAGGCAGGGGAGUGACAUAAUGAGCAUUUGUUCUUCACUGAAUCCCCGCCCAGGAUAACUGCUGUGAACAUCUAAGAAACAAAGACAAGGCUGGGGGGGAAGAGCUGAGUCCAGGGUGGAGAGAGAACUACCUGGAAUUUUAAGCUGCAAGAAAGAGCAGUUUGCCUGCAAAAACCUCUGCAAUCUGUCUAAAACAACAUUUAGGGUGAGAAAUUACUACUUGUAACCAGUUUCUUUAGUAUUAAGCUUAACUUGCAUGUUUGUUUCAUUUGCUGUGUAAUCUGCUUUGAUCUGUUUGCUAACCCU